AUGGCCCCAGAACGCAGCGUCGCAUUCAUCGGAUGCGGAAACAUGGGCGGCGCAAUCCUUCACGGCGUCCUCGAUGCAGCUUUCUCUAGCAAUUCGACACAAUCGCGGCCCGUUUCCAACUUUGUUGCGUGCACGAAAAGCGCUGCCUCGGCUGAGCGCAUGAAAGCUUCUUUCCCCGCAGACCAGGAACCGUAUGUCCGGGUGGUUUCGUCGCAGGAUGUGCCGGUGCACAUUAUGCAGGAGGCAGAUGUUGUCGUGUUGGGAUUCAAACCCUUCAUGGCGGAUGAUGUUCUCAGCGCGAAAGGUGUGCGCGAGGCGCUGGCUGGGAAGCUGGUGAUUAGUCUAUUGGCGGGGCAAACGCCGCAAAACCUAGCGCGGAUAGUCCGCGAGGGAAGUGAAGGCGACCUUGCAGAGCCGGUGAUUAUGAAGGUGAUUCCGAAUAUGGGGGCGCAGUUCCGCCAGUCGAUGACUAUUAUCGAGACUCCGGAGCAAGAAGUACCCGCCCAUAUGACCGAGGUCGUGGAGUGGAUGUUCAACGGGGUUGGUGCGAUCAAGUAUCUGCCUCAGAACCUGAUGGAUCUUGGUUCUGUGCUUGUGGGUGCGGCAUUGGCUGCUAUGACGGUCCCCAUUGAGGGGAUUCUGGAUGGGUGUGUGGCUGAGGGACUUAAGAGGCCCGAUGCGAUGGAGAUGGUCUUGCAUGGCCUUCGGGGUUUGUCUGCUGCGCUGGAGUCUGGGAUUCAUCCCGCUGUCCUUCGGGAGAGUAUCUCGUCGCCUCGUGGUUGUACUAUCCAGGCUCUUUUGACUCUUGAGAAAGAGGGGAGUCGAUCGGACUAUGCGGAGGCAAUUAUUAACGGCACGCAGCAUUUGAAAAAGGCCAAUAAAUAG